UUACCCGGGUCACUCCUGCCUCUGCGGACCCGUUUCAUUCAAGAGACGUCGCGCCGCUUCGUGAUAAACGCCGGUAAAACACGUUAGGACGUCGCGAGGACACGCAGCAACACGGUUUCCUUGACAACGGUGCGGGCGCGUCAUUGCCGAUCAGCUGCUGACAGAUUAUUGAUCCACGCGGCGGUGUCACGCUGCCACCAUGUCGUCCGGGGACUCGAGCGGUGACGGUGGGAAGUGGCUGGACGCUCACUACGACCCGGUGGCGGGCCUGUACACCUUCUCCUCCUGCGUGGACCUGGCCGACCUGAGCGGCGACGGGGAGACUCGGCUGGUGGUGGGGGACCUGGGCUCCGGCUCGACGGGCAUGAAGCUGAAGGUGUACCGGGGCACGGCGCUGAUGAGCGAGAGCACCCUGCUGGACCUGCCCGCCGGCCUCGUCGCCUUCUUCAUGGACCUGCACGAGCCGCGCAUCCCCGCCGUGGCCGUGGCGUCCGGGCCCUGCAUCUACGUCUACAAAAACCUCCGUCCGUACUUCAAGUUCACGCUGCCCGGCCUGGAGGUCAACACGCUGGAGCAGGACGUGUGGCGGCAGGUGAGGGAGGGUGAGAUCGACCCUCUGACCCUGAAGGAGAUGUUGGAGAGCAUCAGGAAGAAGGCCGACGUCCCGCUGUCCGUCCGCUCGCUCAGGUUCCUCUCUCUGGAGACCGCCGACAUGGACGAGUACGUCCACCUGCACAAACAGCAGCCAAUCAAACGGCAGACCGUCAUCACCUGCAUCGGGACUCUGAAGAAGAGCACGGCCGACGAGGACGGCGUCAGCUGUCUGGUGAUCGGCACGGAGAGCUGCGACGUCUACGUCCUCGACCCCGAAGCUUUCAUCGUCCUCUCCAAGAUGUCGCUGCCCGCCGCUCCCACCUUGAUGGACGUGACGGGACAGUUCGACGUGGAGUUUCGCAUCACGGUGGCGUGUCGCAACGGCAACAUCUACAUCCUGCGCAGGGAGUCGGAAAAACCGAAGUACUGCAUCGAGCUGCCGUCUCACCCGGUGGGUCUGGUGAGGGUCGGGAAGAACGUGGUGGUCGGCUGCACCGACGAGAGCCUGCAGGGCUUCACCCAGAAGGGGAAGAAGCUGUGGAAGGCCGUCCUCCCCGCUCCCAUCAUCACCAUGGCUGCCAUGGACCUCCCCACCAGGGGCUUCCAGGCGGUUCUUGUGGGUCUGGCCAACUGUGAGGUCCAGCUGUACCGGGACAAGAACCUGCUGAGCACCAUCAAGACGCCCGACGUGGUCACCAGCAUCUGCUUUGGCCGGUACGGGCGCGAGGACGGGACCCUCAUCAUGACCACCAAGGGAGGGGGCCUGAUGGUGAAGAUCCUGAAGAGGACAGCGGCCUUCGAAGACAGGGACACCGCCCCCGGGCCGCCGCUGGCCCAGAGCAUCCGCCUCAACGUGCCCAAGAAGACCAAGCUGUACGUGGACCAGACACUGAGGGAGCGCGAGAAUGGCCUGGCCAUGCACAACGCCUUCCAGAUGGACCUGAGCCGCCUGCGUCUGGCCACCGCCAAAGCCUACGUCAAAGCCCUGGAGUCCAGCCUGACGCCGAUGUCCUCCAGCCUCACCGAGCCGCUCAAGAUGAACGCUGUGGUGCAGGGUCUGGGCCCAUCCUUCAAACUGACCCUCAACAUCCAGAACACGGCAGCAUGUCGGCCCGUCAUGAACCUGGCCAUCAGCUUUCUGUACGACGAGAGCCUGUACAGGAUGAGGAACUCGUACAUGAGGAUCCCCCUGCUGGUGCCCGGACUCAUCUACCCGGUCGAGACCUUCGUGGAGUGCACCAGCGACAUGGGCAUCUCUGACAUCAUCAAGGUGUUCGUGCUGCACGAGGGGAAGAGCUCCCCGCUGCUGACCGCCCACAUCAACAUGCCCGUCAGCGAGGGACUGACGCUCAACUGACGACUUUAUUACCCCUUGUAGUCGGUUCAGAUCGAAGUCGCUUCGAAUCCGCUCCAGAGUCUGUGACCGAGACCACUUCCUGUAAAGGAUCUGAGUGUGGUUGUUUUGAUCUGCACAUGAGUAAGUUGUGUCUAAAUUGUUGUGUCUGCAGAGACAACUCGUACCAACCGACCGACCGGAGUCUAAUUCAGCCGGACUAACUAACACCCUGAGACUGGUUUAAAACAAGACUCUCGGUCCAGUCAGACCACCAACAGGACCGUGAGAGAGUAGAUGUCUUGACUGCUGAUAGAUUUAUGUUAAGAAAGCGAUCUCUGAUCUGUAGAAGUGCUGUGUAGCCUGUAUAUAAAUAUUAGAUCAUCUGGUGACCACGGUAAACCCGUGUCUGCAGUUUAACGUGGUCCCCUAUUUGUAAUGUUGUCAAUAUAUUUAUAAAAGAUCCAGUCUGGACUAAUAAAGCUGAUUAAAGCUA